AAAUACAUUUUACUAACUUCGGAUUCCUUGCUCAUUUCACUUCACCUGGCUGGGCAGGUCUGCGAGGGCUCAAGGGUUAGCUCCUCUGCUUUUGUUGUUUUAUCUAUUUUUCAGUCAUCAUUUUUAUUCAGAUAACCAUGUUCAGAAGAAAGCCCGACAUGCAUAAAUAAUGGGAAGUGCUAUUAGUAAGCAGGCUGCUGUAAAACUUGCUGGGGCUUUGACUUAAGGGAAGAAAGUGCAGCCCUGCACUGUCCCUAUCAGGAAGCUGGAGCAUAGAAGACUUAACAGGCCUGUUGGGGCCUUUGGAGGACAUUGGGAAAGGCAGUCCGGAGACCGGCUGGAAAUAACUGCUGGGUCUUUGCCAUUGAACCAGAAAGGGAAAGGUAGAGACACUUGCCAUGAUUCUCCAUAGCUGUCGCAAGCAAUCUCUGUUCCUCCCAUUUUUCUUCACGUGAGGUCUUCAUCUCCCAGUGCUUGAAGCUUUGUGGUCUGAGCUGAAGAGAGUUCACUUAAGAGCAAAAAAAUGCUGAAGGUCAGAAACAUCCUCGGACACUACUUCUAUAAAAUCUACGUCACUGGACUACCUCUACCUACUCACUAAAGAUGGUUAGAAAAGAAGCCAUAUACAAGUAUGAGAGUGAGUUCUAAAGACAAGAAGCAAAUUACAUGGCAAAGAAGAAAAUUUCCCUCAGCUGUUCUGUAAGAUGAGUCAAUGUGCAGCCACACCUUCCAGAGGAAUGGCUUUGUGCUUGUGAAUUGCAAACAGCUGGAACUGCCUCACACAGUCACCUGCCUGUUCAACAUCUGGAGUUAAUCCUCUGGAUAAUUCAUUCAUGAGUCUCAUGAACAAUGCAGGGGAAUAAGAAACAUACAGAAGGACAUAGUGAUUCCUCAAGUAUUGGGAGUCUCCUGGAUGAUGCAGACAGAGAGGUGAGCAGCCUCACAGAUCGGGCCUUCAAAAGUUUGUGUGUAGCAGAACUUGAAGACUCUUACAAUGAACCAGAACUUGCCAUUUCGCCAGACUUUGCCCUCCAGUUGUCUGCUAAAAUUCACUCAGGGACGUUAAACCAUGACAUCAGGAAAGGCAGUGUUUGUGACAAGCUAACAGCAAGAAACAAUGAACAUACAAUAUGGGCUUCCACAUUCCAGCAGUUACCAAAGUGUGCUCCGGAGGAGAAAAGGAUUGCUAAAAAUAACUCCUUUGCCACAGAAAGGAAAACACUGAGUUUGCCAGUCCCUGGCCCAACAAACAAUAAGCAUGUUUCAAAAGUGUCCUCAUUGAUUAAGACAUUUGAUAAGACUGCAGACCAAGGGUCAGGACGUUCUCUGACAGCAAAUAGGCAACCCAUAAAGAAUAGCUUUCAAAAACAUAAAAUAAAUCAUGGAAAUUAUAUUGCUUGCUGGGAUGAUACAGACACUUUAAGCAUCCACCAGGAACUUUCUGAAUUUUCUGAACCUGGCCAGGGUAGUCACUGUCUCAGUGGCAAACAUGAGCCACAGGAAAGACCUAAUAAAGUGGACAUGGGUUAUGGUGGCUCUGAUGGUUAUUAUCCUGUCCUGAUUGAGAUGUCAAAAGUAGCCAAGUCAAAUUUUUCCCGUUCUUCUAAAAAGGCUUUAAAAAACAGAAAUGUGAAAGUUAAUGAGCCAGCAAAAAAAGGUAAUUUUCUUCAUAGUGAGAAUAGUGCUUUUGAAUCAUGGAAUGUUCAUCAUAAAAAACUGACUGAAAAUGAGGAAUUUGUUGAUAUAAAAAUGAAAAAGGAAGGUCUUUCAUACCUGGAAGAAGAACCAUUUAUUAAAGGAUCCCGCACACAUGAACGUAAAGUAUCACCUGUCACCACUGUUGCUAAGAAGCAAGAGAAAGAUUUUCGGAUUAAGCCAAUUCCACCAGAAACUGCCUUCCCUCUCCCAGCUGUAUAUGUACCUCAAGGUCCCCUCCCUUCAGAAAAUAAAUUUCCUGCUGCUUUUCCUCCCACACCUCCUCCUAGAAACCAUGCACAUCAAGGUCCCCCUCGGCCACCCCCAGCCACACAGGCACUUCCUCCUCCACCCCCCACCCAGGAGGGCCAUCCUCCCACACCCCCUACCUCUGAAGCCCCUCCUGUGCCACCACCCCCAGUGCCAGCUCGGCUUUCCCCCACUGCCAUGUCUCAAGCCUCUGUCUCACCCCAGUCCGUGUCCUAUAGGAUGGUUUCACCCUCACUCACGUUCCAGGCACCCAGCCCACCUCCACCAAGACCCCAACCCAUCUUAACUGAAAAGGAAUCCCCCAGCCCCCAGCUGGGCAAUACCUGUCCACCCUGGAGAAGACAGAGGUUUGCAGAAGGGGCAGCAGAGAGGAGACAGGCUGCAAAGGAGAAGUUCACAGACAGACACAAGACAUGUUCUUUGUCUGAAAAGCCAACUGGUGCCGAACCUGAUUUGGAUGUGACUCCUCUGGCUAAACAGGUAAACUCCCCUAGAUCAAUCAGUCCCUCUUUCAACAUCAGCGAACUCUUAACACCUGUCAUACCACCAAAACAGGAAGUGGACACUGUUGAAAGUGAGCUGAUCCCACUGACACCUCCUCCUGCUGAGAGCAUGGCAUCGAGAGACCAUGAAGAGAGCAGCUUGGGUGAUUAUAGGUCUUGGGAUAGUUACAAAUUAACAGCAUCAAGCCUGUUAUUCAACUUGAAGGAUGUGCGUAAACGUGUUAAAAGCAUCUAUACCCCUUCUCCCCUUUUAAGGGCCUUGGAGGAGAAAAAUAAAACUCGGGAAAAUAUACAGGAGAGUACAAAAGUGAAUGCCUCACUCUCGACUUUGCAUGAAAAAAGUAACAAAAAUCUUACAGAGAAAGAUGAAUUGAGUGAUAUAGCUUCCGUAUUGUCUAGCAGUGUUCAGGAAAAGGACAAUAAAACUGACCCAACCGGACACUUUACAGACAAUUACCUGACUUCGAGGUCACCCAAGCCAACAGCAGACCUUUCCUUUUACCAAACUGGAGACAGCUUGCAGCAAGAUGAUUCAAAACAUGAAGAUCUGGUUAAAAACACAAGGGAUAAUGAAAACUUCUCCUCGUUCAGACAUGAAUCACAUGAACCUGAUAUAGGAAAACAUCUGCAGUAUCCAGCCCAGAGACCGUUCAGUAGAAACAAUGGGGACAAAACACCUGGGCAGCCCAUGCAAAAUCACAGUGCCCAGGAUGAGGAAGAUGAGAGACAAGCUGCUAUUCAGAAUGAAAAUUUUGCCUUCAAAACACUCCUAAGCCAACUCUCACCGGUAGAAGAUGUACCUUACAGUGACGCCCAAACCACCAUUGUGGUACCUGGCCAUGAAGCACAACGCAAAAGAAGCACUAGUUCUUCGGAGCAAUCUUUUGUCUCCACAGUAGAGCAGCCACUUCAGGGAGAGCCAUUUCUACAAGUGCCCAUGAUGCAGACAGCAUGCUUUCAAGAAAGCCAGAGGACUGAGAGUGAAAUGAGUGCAGAUAGUAAGAAAAGACUCAAGGAGAGAGGGAAAGAGGUUGGUGAAGAUGAACUGCAAUAUUGUGCUUGUAUCAGCCCUGGUAUUAGUGCUACAGAGAAGAGGGAGAGAAAGGUUACUGGGAAUGAACAGAAGAGCUUAAUGAAAGAGCAAGUAGAGAGAGAGAAAAGGGAAGAGGCCAACAGCACAAAUUCUGCUUCCUACAGUAUAAGGGAUAUGUCAAUCCCCAAGUGUGAGGAACCACAAACACCAUCAUCUUCAAGCUCAACCAAACCCAGCCUGUUUAUGAUUAAAGAUAACACAUUCAGGUCACCUCAAGUAAUAAGGGCUGUCAAGCUGCCCCUAUUCAGGUCCUUUUCCCUGGACGAUACCGUUAGCAGUAGUUAUAAGGAAAUGGAACGUAGGUUUAUGCCCCCAGGAGUUUACAACAAGCAGAACCAAAACUUGUUGCAUGCCCAGGAGAUAGGCUGGUCGGCAUCAAGACACAAAGGUCAGCAGAAUGUGAGAGAUGGAGCAACUGACAGAGGGAAAGAAGCCAGUGAGCCUGAAUCUACUUCAGCAACACUGGCUCCCCAUCUUCUGGAAGGUACAGAGACCUUUUCAUUAGGGAAACUGAUGGAAGAAGAUAGAAAGACUUUUGUUUUGUUAACUAAAGGUGGCAAAAUGAAUGAGGAAAGUGUCUGCAGAAAUAAGGAGAAAGCUCAGACUACAAAGGCAAGACACAGCUUAACACAGCCAACUAUAGGUCUGGAAAAUGACCGAGCACAAAACAGCCCCAGCUAUCCUGCAGAAAUUAAAACGAACUACUUUAAGAAUCAUCAUUUAUCUAACCGCAAAGGUGGCUCUUGUGCGAAAAAAAUAAUCACUAGGGAGACAAUUUCCCCUGUGACUGGCCCCAUAUCAGAGGACCACACAUAUUCUUCUGUAUCCAAUGAUGUUUUAGAGGACAUCCUACAUACAGAAGGUGCACCGGUUUUGUUAGACAAUCUUACAUGUUCUGCUGUUCCAAGCCCCAGGUCAGGCAGCACGAUGCCCUCUCUUGCUGCCAGUUCAUUGUCAGAUAAACCAACUAUUUCUGGACUUAGAGAGACAGAGGAUGUUAUAAACCCUGCCUUGCUGAACAUGGCACUAAGGAGGCAAGCUUGUAUGCCUGCAGAAGAGAUACCCAAUUCAGCACAGAAGAACCUGCUUUCUGAUGUUGCAGGCGAAGCUGGGAGGCUGGAGUCCGAGGGACUUGGUGAGAGACCAACAGGCAAGCCACCCACUGUGCCACCAAAAACAGAAAAAGCUCUGCGUCGGGCUAAAAAGCUGGCAAGCAGGAGAAAGAAAAUGCAAGAGCAGCAGAAAAAACAUCAGAUUGAGCAUACAGAUGCUGUAGGGAGAAAUCCUUCUCAUUCUGGACAGACAAUAGCAUCUGCUUCACCCUUGGGACAUUCUCCUAUCCAUCCUCACCUUCACUCAAGUUUUACUCCCACAGAAACUAGUACUGGAAGACCUAGUGUUGCACCAGCAGUAAGCCCUUCACCCUCUUCAACCCAGCGUAAACUCCUCCAAGACCCUGACUCUGGCCAAUACUAUGUGGUUGAUUUACCAGCUGAAGUUAAUUUAAAGACAUUUUAUGACCCAGAAACUGGCAAAUAUGUUCAAGUCUCAAUCCCUUCCUUGGAACAGAAUUUAUACCAGUCCACCUCUUCAGAAAUUAACGAUUCUUCCUAUGCCUCUUACCCUAGAGUGUUUCCUUUACCAGCUUCAUCAGUAGCAGUGCUGAAGUCACCCUCUCAGCUCUCUAAACCUACCUGGUCGAUGCCUGCUGUACCAGAACCAGCUGAACUACAUGAAGAUGUCCAGCAGGACUACAGAUACACUGAAUCUGUGGACACUCAGCCCUAUAUUGAACCAGCCCCUUACUCCUACAGUCAAGAUGCCGAAGAAAUUCAGGUUCACUUAGGAAAGGACAUGAGCGCAACCCCAAAUACUGGCAUAGUGACCCUCACUGAUUUAGAUGAUUUUGCUGCUGAAGGAGUAUCUUGAAAACUGAAAUAACAAAAUAUGCCAGCUAGUGUUUUUAAGAACUGUUUGGACAGACACAUGCACACAAAAGCACAUGCAGGUUUGAUGUUUGUACACUUUGUCUGAAUCUCAUUGUGGUUUGGGUGGGAAGGAAAGUGAAAGCUGACCAUGUUAAAAGAUGCAAGGUGAUGAGCACUCUCAACAAGAGUGAAAUUUAGGAAGCACCAAAUUAUCAGUGAGAUGAAGGGGCAAUGCCAGCUAGACAAAUACAUUUGACAGUGUGAAGCCACUGCUUGCUGCUGCUGCUGUUUUGCCAUUAAGGAGGCUGGGAUAGCCAAAGCAAGUGCCCUUUUGCCCAGAUGUGUUGCAUGACACAAGACAAAAUAAAACUGUGAGACCAUCCUAUCCAUCCUAUGAGACCCAUGACAGAUGCUGCAUCUACUGAACUUUCCUCACUCACUGCCUUUGAACUAUAUUGACAGGUAGAAAGUAUGUGGCUACAAAUAUGCCAUAUUUUCAAGACUCAUUUUUUACACACAUCAAUUGCCUCAACGUUAUUGACAAGAAGAUUGUAUACUAGAUGCACAAUACAGCAACCAUGUCAAAAAAUCCCAAAUUUUAAACAACCAGAAUACAGUUGCAGCUGCUCUUCUCACAUACUUUUGCAGUGUCCACUAACAUGCUGCUGAAUUCUUUAUAUUUCUUGAUAAUAUCCAAAUAGGUUCCCCCAGGGUCAGGGUUUAUUUAUAAUGCAACUUAAAUCUUGAUACUUGGCCUGAAAUAUUUUGGUUAGUUGCAAGGUUGAAUGAAAUCCCAUAACAGUAUUUAAUUGUAUAUUAGGACAAGAAGUUCUUUGCUUACUGUAAUUGAAAUGUGCUUUGUUUUGUUUUCAGGCUCCCACUGAAUGGCACUAACUUCUAAAACCUGAAAAAUGUGCCUAAUUUUGAUCUUGUGAAUUCUGUGAUUUAAAACAAACAAAAGAUGCAAAACAUCCAAAGUAAUAAUUUCUAGAAAAGUGUUUCUUGGAAUUAUCAUUUUUCUUUAACAAAAUAUCACUCAUCCUUGUGUAAGCUCUUUUUCAUUAUCAUAGAUAAUGAGGGAACCUAGGUGAAAAGAUGAAAAAGUUGAAUGUAAUGUGCCUGCUUAUAAAUAUCUGUAUUUGGAAUAUUGGUUUAGGUUUUUUCUGUCUCAUUUGCAUACUGUUUUCCCCAGUUAAAACUGAAGUGCAGAAGCUUUCAAGAAGAAUUAAGCCAGUGACUUUCAGCCUGAUUCACAUCUUAGGGUGUUUUCACAGGAUUGCUUUCAGUGAAGCAGCUUCUGACUUCCUGAAAAGAAAGGGAAGAUUUGGGCCUUUUAAUAAAUAAAUACAGGAAAUUCUC